AGUCUGACAUAUCAUGUUGUACCUGAACAUAUUGCAGCAACCACUGUUCUAUGACUGCUUUUAUUUUUGCAGGAUGAGAGCCAACAUAACGCACUGUUUUUCCAUCUUCGUUGUCUGCAUGAUUUUUGUACCAGCUUGCAGGGGAGCUCAUGGGAAGUACGCGCAGAGGCUACUGAACGACUUGUUUAGAAACUACACCAGUGCGCUGAGGCCAGUGGAGAACACCAAUGACAUCUUAAACGUCACACUACAGAUUACGCUUUCCCAAAUAAUCGACAUGGAUGAGCGUAACCAGAUUCUGACAGCAUAUUUGUGGAUUCGGCAGGUGUGGAAUGAUACAUACCUGACCUGGAAUAAAGAUGAUUAUGAUGGACUCGAUACCAUCCGUAUACCUGGUAGUUAUGUAUGGAGACCUGAUAUUGUCCUAUAUAACAAUGCGGAUGACCAUUUCACAGGAACCAUGGACACCAAUGUAGUGAUCCGUCAAGAUGGCCAGAUUAUGUGGGAUUCUCCCAUCAUCACAAAAAGCUCCUGCAAGGUAGACGUAUCCUUUUUCCCCUUUGAUGCCCAGCAGUGUCGUCUGACCUACGGCUCCUGGACCUAUAAUGGCAGACAGCUGGACAUUCUCAAUGCCUUGGAUAGUGCAGACCUGGCUGACCUGGUGGAUAAUGUAGAAUGGGAGGUGCUGGGGAUGCCGGCAAAGAGGAAUAUGGUCCAGUACGGUUGCUGUGCUGACCCCUACCCAGAUGUUACCUACACACUAAUGCUAAAGAGAAGAGCCACCUUCUAUGUGUUUAAUCUGCUGAUUCCCUGCGUGAUGAUCUCGUUCCUUGCCCCUCUGGGCUUCUACCUGCCUUCUGAUUCUGGAGAGAAAGUGUCUCUGGGUGUCACUGUGAUGUUGGCGCUCACUGUCUUUCAGCUGCUGGUGGCAGAGAUUAUGCCCCCGUCUGAGAAUGUGCCACUUAUAGGGAAAUAUUACAUAGCCACUAUGACCAUGAUAACUGCCUCCACGGCUCUCACUAUCUUUAUCAUGAACUUCCACCACUGUGGCCCAGAGGCAAAGCCUGUGCCUAAAUGGGCUAAGAAGUUCAUCCUGCAGUAUUUGGCCAGGAUCUGUUUUGUCUAUGAAGUCGGUGAGAACUGCAUGAACCCACAGCCUGAGAAACCUGACCCUCCACCUGAGCAGCAGCCACAGUACAUGAAUGGACAAGCAGGGAAAGAUGACCUUGUCUUCAAAUUUGACAGAGGUCAGGACAACAUGUCCCCGAAGAUCCGAGAGGAAAAAGAGGACAUGUCUCAGAUUAUGUCUCCAACAUGUUCGAUGGGCAAAAACCCCACCAAUCACUACAGUGUGUGGAAGAAUGGAGUAUUCCUGAGUCUGGAUGGUGGAGAUGGUGCAUCCUUGGUAGGUGGAGGAGUGAAGGACAGUGAUAGGGCAGGAGAACUGGGAGACGGAGGCAGACGGAGGGAUGCUGGAGAAAACAGGCAGCACAUGACUGAAGAGCAGCAUCACUUUAGAAAUGUUGAAUACAUCGCUAACUGCUAUCGAGACCAGAGGGCCACUCAGAAACGCGCAGGAGAGUGGAAGAAAGUAGCCAAAGUGCUGGACCGCUUCUUCAUGUGGAUCUUUUUUAUAAUGGUGUUCUUUAUGAGUCUGCUUAUCAUGUGCAAGGCCAUCUGAGCCUGCUUAGUCUUUUAGUCAUGAUGCUAAGAGACUGAACGCCAAGUAUUUUCACCAAGAUGGCACACUGAAAGAGGACAGCUGAAGACAGUGUUGCAAAAAAGCUUUUAUUUGCAUUUAUUUCAUAUGUACUACAUGCCUAUAUGUCUGAACUUUUCCAUAUAGUCUCAGUAAUUUAUUAUGUUGAGCUACAUCUUACCUGUUUAUCCACUGUAAAAACCUUCUGCAUAGGUUUACUUUAGUCAACUUACAUUUCUUAGAACUGCAUCUAAGUUUAAGUUGUGUUUACUCAGAAAAAAAAAUCCUUAGCUUUUAUAAAAGCUAAAAUUGCUUAAUUUUCAAUGUUACUCAGUUCUUCUUUCAGUUUAGUCUGUGCCGGUUCUCUCAUGGACUACCACCCCCACUAUCACACAAGGAGCUUCCUCACUUAGUACUGCAUCUAAGUUAAGUUUAACAAAAUACUGUUUAUGUUGAGCUUACUUAGAAACACAGUGAAUGUGAUCACAUUACUCAUUAUCAACUGAAAUCACUUAAAUCUUUUUCAUUUUUACUCAGUUCAUGCACCAAUUUAACCACUGAAAUCUGAAAUCUGAAAAACUGAAAUCACUUAAAUCUUUUUCAUUUUUACUCAGUUCAUGCACCAAUUUAACCACUGAAAUCUGAAAUCUGAAAUCUGAAAAACUGAAGUCACUUAAAUCUUUUUCAUUUUUACUCAGUUCAUGCACCAAUUUAGCCACUGCUACGAUGCUUUUUUUUGCACGACUGUAUAAAUGUUAAUCUCUACAAAUGUUCAUAUCUUUCCAUAAUAUCCUCUAUAUAAUAGUUAUUAUAUGUCUCCUCAGACCUACACACAUCUCAAUAGCUCUUUAGCUUUCACUUUAUUCUUAUAUCUUAUUCUAUUUAUUGCAUUUUUGUUGCAUUUUUCCCUUAGUUAAAUAUUUAUCAAUAAUCUGUGUGCUUGUCUUGACUGUUCAGUAUGUUACAUGUCAUACAUGUGUGCACUCACCAAGACAAAUUCCUUGUACGUGUAACAUACUUUGUGAAAUAAAAUGAUCUGAUUCUGAUUCUAA